GCCUCUGCUCAUGAUGCAGUGUGCUUGUGCAAGGCAGCUCUGCACUUGCAAUUGUGAGCUGAGAGCCAAGUGUGGGAGUGCACAACGGAGGUAACCACCUCCCCACAAAGCAGGCAGCUUUGCAUCAAGGGAGUAUCAGGUUCCUGUACUCAGCUGUGGGCUGUCACUGUCUUCUAAUGUGACUGUUUUCCCCAUCUCUCUGCAAGAAGGCAGAAGCUGCUAUCUGAUUGGUAUAGCAUCUCACUUUCCCUCUGCAUUGAUUUCUUCUCCUCCUCCUUUGCUUCAUAAAGAGAGGGAUAAGAGCUGGGGCUGUGGACAGAGACAAGAGGCUUCAUUUUUAGUAUGAGACAACCUCUAUCUUAUUUCAGGAGAGGGAAGUUGGAUUAUCAAUUCUUUUGUAAAUGUGUAUGGUGAUAUUUGCUCCGCUUUUUGCAAUCUUUGCAUUUGCAACAUGCGGCGGCUAUUCAGGAGGCCUGCGGCUGAGUGUGGACUGCGUCAACAAGACAGAAAGUAACCUCAGCAUUGACAUAGCCUUUGCCUACCCGUUCAGGUUGCACCAGGUGACCUUUGAAGUGCCCACCUGUGAGGGGAAGGAACGGCAGAAGCUGGCACUUGUUGGCGACUCCUCGUCCUCGGCAGAGUUCUUCGUCACCGUGGCUGUCUUCGCAUUUCUCUACUCUCUGGCUGCCACUGUUGUGUACAUUUUCUUCCAGAACAAGUACCGGGAAAACAACCGGGGCCCACUCAUUGACUUUAUCGUCACUGUCGUCUUUUCAUUCUUGUGGUUGGUUGGUUCAUCUGCUUGGGCGAAAGGACUGUCUGAUGUCAAAGUGGCAACUGAUCCCAAUGAAGUCUUGUUACUGAUGUCAGCUUGCAAGCAAUCCUCCAACAAAUGCUUGGCUGUCCAUAGCCCUGUCAUGUCCAGCUUAAACACAUCUGUGGUCUUUGGAUUUUUAAACUUUAUCCUCUGGGCUGGCAACAUUUGGUUUGUUUUCAAGGAGACUGGCUGGCAUUCCUCGGGACAGAGAUACCUUUCCGACCCCAUGGAGAAGCACUCUAGCAGCUAUAAUCAAGGCGGGUACAACCAAGACAGCUAUGGGUCAAGUGGUGGCUAUAGCCAGCAGGCGAGUUUGGGGCCCUCUUCCGAUGAGUUUGGGCAGCAGCCCAGUGGCCCCACUUCCUUUAACAAUCAGAUAUAGCCCAGUAUCACCCAAAUUCUUCUGGCAAUAGUCUCACCACCUUCCAUUUCAGUAGCAGAAGAAUUUUUUAAGAGUUUCAAUCAAUUAUUAAUGCAGAGAAUGUUGAAUGUAAAUCAGAGAUCUGUAGCCCUCAUUAAGACAGAAAGGCCUGGGUGGUGAUAAAUGGUACUUAGAGAUGAGAUGCCAUGAGGAGGAGAUGCAUUAUUCAUCAUAGAUGGGUAAUUAGAAAGUACCUUGUUAUAUACACAGAUAAUUUUAUGGUCAUUUUGUAUGUGUAUUGAAAUAGUGGAAGCAAUUUGUAGCUUAAAGUCUCUAGUGCAUAAUGUGCAUAAAGUAACUUAAAUAGUAUUGUG